GGGUCGGGGUGGUGUGGGGCACAGCGGCCGGCCGGGCUCCUCCCUGGGUCUGAGUAGGGCACAGCGCGGUGCCAGUCCGGCACCCGAGCCCGGCGGCGGGGAGGGGGGGGACGAUAAGAGGCCGCCGGCCCCCUCCCCCGAGCAGGGACCUGGGCUGGUGCUGAGGGGGCGGCGGGAGCCGCCUGAGGUGGGGAGGGAAGGGCCUGGCCUGGGAGGGCUCCCCCUGCACCGCCGAAGCAAGGGGGGAGCUGGACCUGAGCCCCCCUGUCCCUUCCCAGCGCGCCCCGCUGCUUGUGUGGUUCCACUUACAGUGUUUUAUCGUCUUCCCAACGGGCUCCACCGAUUGUGUGGGGUCAUUUAAAGUGUUUUAUCUCCUACCUGCCCCUUUACUUCUCCGCAGGGCCACUUACUUCCUUGCCCAGCCCAUCCCUCUCUCCCCGGGGUCACUUGUUUCCUUCCCCAGCCCAUCUCACUCUCCACAGAGCUGCUUCUUUCCCUCACUCACCCCAUCCCACCCUCUCCAGAGCUGCUUGUUACUCUCCCCAGGGCCGUUUCUUUGUGUCCCCACCCCUCCUGACACCCCUGGAGCCUGGGCAAGCCCAGCAUCUCUUCUCACCUUUCCCUUGUGGGGAGGGGAAUGGGGUGUUCGGGACGCUGGGCAGGGAGCGCCCCUUCCUCCCAGCUGUCCCUACUGUGAGGGCUGUGGGCAACGCUCAGGUGGGCUCCGCGCUGCGGUGACACAUCAUGUGCCAGGCGGAACCAGAGCGGUUGAAGGAUGCGCCUGGGAGAGCUCCGUAGGCACCGAAGGCCUCAAACUUUUGUAGGCGUCAAAACUGAAGACGUUAGGAUUGUUUCUGAAAUCUCAUUCAAAGAAACUUGGUUCCAGCUUCCAAACGGCUGAAAAAAACACCCUGUGUGUACUCGCAGUUGAGGACAGCAGGGCAGAAACACUUCUGCCUUCCGGUUUGGAAUUGGUGACUAUGAUCCAGUAGGAAUGGAAAGCCACGAGAGAGACGCGGCCAUUGUCUGGUUUUACGCAGUGGCCUGACGUCCCCGAGGAUGACCUAGCACUUAAGGAUCAAACUGGGCCGAGCGAGAGGCCAAGUUGACUCGAAAGAACCCUGACAGUGGGACCAGGUCAGAAGCAAAGCGAGUCCUGAACAUAGUGUAUCUGCUCAAAGUUCUGUAUUCCUUUUAAAAGACGUUGUGUUGCUGGAGCCAGGCCUGGAUCUUUUAGCAUCCAGUUGAGCUGGAAGCAGCUCAUAGGAUUUAUUUUUGGUUUGUGUUUUUUUUUUUUUUUUUUUGUAAUUCAUGUUUGUACAAUCUUCUGGAUAUUUUUUUGCAAGAAGGAGUAAAAGGGAGUGUUGGAAACUAACAAACAGGAUUAAACCCCUCAGUGCUUAAGGAAGACAGGUUAAGGAACUUAAUCCAGGAUGGAUAUGCAGGAGCCGCAGCAGCUGGGUAUGUUUGCAGAGAGUGAGCUGAUGUCCGUGGGUAUGGAUACGUUCAUCCAUCGCAUUGACUCCACGGAGGUCAUCUACCAGCCCCGACGGAAGAGGGCCAAGCUCAUUGGCAAGUACCUGAUGGGAGACUUACUUGGAGAAGGGUCUUACGGCAAAGUCAAGGAGAUGUUGGACUCAGAAACCCUCUGUAGGAGAGCUGUGAAAAUCCUGAAGAAGAAGAAGCUACGCAGAAUUCCCAAUGGGGAGGCAAACGUGAAAAAGGAAAUUCAGCUCCUGCGACGAUUACGGCACAAAAACGUGAUCCAGUUGGUAGAUGUAUUGUACAACGAGGAGAAGCAGAAAAUGUAUAUGGUGAUGGAGUACUGCGUGUGUGGGAUGCAGGAAAUGCUGGACAGUGUCCCUGAAAAGAGGUUUCCAGUUUUUCAGGCUCACGGGUACUUUUGUCAACUUAUAGACGGCUUAGAAUACUUGCACAGCCAAGGGAUUGUCCACAAGGAUAUAAAACCGGGGAACCUCCUGCUAACAACCAAUGGGACACUAAAAAUAUCCGAUCUAGGCGUAGCAGAGGCAUUGCAUCCGUUUGCAGAGGAUGACACAUGCAGAACGAGCCAAGGGUCGCCAGCAUUCCAGCCACCGGAAAUUGCCAAUGGCCUUGACACCUUUUCAGGCUUUAAAGUAGACAUCUGGUCUGCAGGGGUCACACUAUACAACAUCACGACAGGUCUGUACCCCUUUGAGGGGGAUAAUAUCUAUAAAUUAUUUGAAAACAUCGGGAAAGGUGACUACACAAUUCCAGAGGAUUGUGGUCCUCCACUUUCAGACUUACUGAGAGGGAUGCUUGAAUACGACCCAGCCAAGAGAUUUUCAAUACAGCAGAUAAGGCAGCACAAUUGGUUUCGUAAGAAACACGCUCAGGCAGAGGCUCUGGUGCCCAUACCCCCCAGCCCGGAGACAAAGGACCGGUGGAGAAGCAUGACGGCGGUGCCUUAUCUGGAAGAUCUGCAUGGCUACAAUGAGGAAGAGGAUGAUGACUUGUAUGACAUUGAAGAUGAUAUCAUCUACACUCAGGACUUCACAGUACCAGGACAGGUGCCUGAGGAGGAGGCGGGGCAGAACGGGCAGAGCUGGGGCAGAGCGCUGCCCAAGGCUGUGUGCAUGAACGGGACAGAGACGGGACAGCUGAGCACCAAAUCGAAGGCAGAGCGGCGGGCGAGCGCCUCUUCUAACCCUUCCCGCAAGGCCUGCUCUGCCAGCAGCAAGAUCCGCAAGCUCUCCACCUGCAAGCAGCAGUGAGGCAGGAGCCCCGCACCCUGCACAGCUGUCAGCCCUGCACUCAGCCCCUGCGCUCGACCCUGCUGGCAGCUUUCAUCUUUAAUUCAUGGCUGGCAGUGAGUCACCUGCACGAGGAGCUACCGCAUCCGCAAGCAAACGCCUUGGAUCUGGCUCUCCCCUGGGAUUUGCUGCUCCUCUCACCCCUUCGUGCUCGGGUACCCAGCAUGGGGGCUCCUUGGCAGCUGUUUCAGGAAGGAGAAGGUCCAUGCCAGCUGCUGGAGCUGGUUUCCAUCACUGCCUCUGCCCUCCUGCCCUGCGGUCCAGGACUGGAGCACCUCACAUGUAGGACAGUUGGGGUUGUUCAGCCUGAAGAAGAGAAGGCUCGGGCGAGACCUCAGAGCAGCUUCUAGGACUGAAAGGGGCUCCAGGAAGGCUGGGGAGGGGCUUUUUCCAAGGGUCUGUAGUAACAGGACGAGGAGGAAUGGCUUUAAGUUGGAAGGAGGGCAAGACUUUGAUUAGACGUUAGGAAGAAAUUCUUCACGAUGUGGGGGGAGGCCCUGGCCCAGGUUGCCCAGAGCAGUGGUGGCUGCCCCAUCCCUGGAGGUGUUCAAGGCUAGGUUGGAUGGGGCUUGGAGCAACCGGAUCCAGUGGGAGAUUUCCCUGCCCAUGGCAGGGGGUGGAACUGGAUGGGCUUUGAGGUCCUUCCAACCCAAAUCAUUCCAUGGUUCUAUGAUUUUUCCUGAAAGCAGGAAUACGCUCCUCUCUCCUUGGCAUAGUUGAAGUUCCUUGAAAGCAUUUUCCCCUUGGGUUUUUGCUUCCCAACUUCAAGGCCAGGGUGCCUGAGCAUGUGCUUCUCUCUGGAGCUGGAACAGAGGCCCCUGACCCCUUUCUUGCUCCCAUCCCAGCAGGAGCGGGGACUGGAUCAAGAUGCGACCCUCCCGUGUCCAUAGCAGAGCUGGGGUUUGCAUCAGCCCUGCCCUGCCUGAUCCCCCCCUCUCUUUGUUCUCC